CUCCCUCCCGUUAAUGUAGCCUCCAGUCAGUCAACCAGUAGCAUCGCUGAAUUAAAAGCCACUUUCAUCUCAUCGUCCGUGUGGGAAACGAAAAGCGGGAGCACGUCUCAAGAUUCACACUAUGCCUUUUAAAUCAUUGGGGAUGUAGGCUAUGAAACGUUUGUUUCGCUUAUAUUGAGCUUUAUUUCUGAAAAUUGAUGCGGUCUUUGAAUGGCUGAAUCGGAUAAUGAAAUCACAGAAACAAAUGUGCUCUACUGAAAUCGACCUGCUUUGACGACUGGUAGCGCUAGGCUAUCGAUGAAGCGCUUGGAAAUUUUGGAAAUGAACGUCGUUUAGUAGGUUAUCACGUAUUGAUACCCCAACUGGAAAUAAUUUCGCGCUUUCUCGCCUGCCGUAACUGUGCGCCUCUACAUUUUGGCCUGCUCGACUUGCCGUUGAAAUGGGAGAUAACAUGUCCAAGCGCUUGAAACUGGUGUCUGCCACAGAAGCGGAGAUGGAAGAGCGCUCAUUUGUCAACCCCUACCCUGACUGUGACCAGGGAGUCCUGACGUCUUCCAACUCAAGCACGGACAGUGACUCCAACGAGCUGUUUGAUGCUAACGGAAAGAUCAGUGAAGCGUUCCAGAAGAGGGUGCAGAACAAGAUCAAAGACCUUCUCCAGCAGAUAGAGGAGGGGCUGAAGACCGCAGACCCCCACGACUUCUCCACCUACACCGGCUGGACAGGCAUCGCCCUGCUGUACCUGCAGCUGCACCGCGUCACCUGCGAGGCCUCCCACCUGCAGAGGGCGCUGGACUACGUGAAGCGGACCCUCAGGAACCUGAACGGCCGGCGUGUCACCUUCCUGUGCGGGGACGCGGGUCCGCUGGCCGUGGCGGCCGUGGUCCACCACCGCCUCAGCAACCACACCGACUCCCAGGACUGCAUCGCUAAACUGCUGCAGCUCCAGAGAGCAGUGUUGAGCCCAGACUCUGAGGUGCCAGAUGAGCUGCUGUAUGGGCGAGCGGGCUACCUCUACGCUCUGCUCUACGUCAACAAGGAGAUCAGCCCCAACACUGUGGAUGAGGGCACCAUCACCAAGGUGGUGACAGCCAUUGUGGAGUCAGGGAAGAACCUGUCUAGUGAGGAGAAGAAGACUGAGAGAUGCCCGCUGCUGUACGAGUGGCACAAAAAGCAGUACGUUGGUGCUGCCCACGGCCUGGCAGGCAUCUACUACAUGCUGAUGCAGCCAGGGUCAAAGGUUCAUCAGGGCAUGCUGUCUGAGUUGGUUCGGCCCAGCAUCGACUACGUCAGACACAAACGCUUCCGCUCAGGGAACUACCCGUCAUCGCUAAGCAACGAGACCGACCGGCUAGUGCACUGGUGCCACGGGGCGCCAGGCGUGGUGCACAUGCUCAUCAUGGCCCACAAGGUGUUUAAGGAGGAGAAGUACCUGAAGGAGGCGCAGGAGUGCGGGGAGGUGAUCUGGCAGCGAGGCCUCCUCAGGAAGGGCUACGGGCUCUGUCACGGCACCGCCGGGAACGGCUACACCUUCCUGUCCCUCUACCGCCUCACCCAGGACAGGAAACACCUCUACCGCGCCUGCAAGUUUGCCGAGUGGUGUUUGGACUACGGUACCCACGGCUGCAGGAUCCCAGACCGGCCCUACUCGCUUUUCGAAGGUAUGGCGGGGGCGAUCCACUACCUGUCAGAGCUCUCCCAGCCUGAGUCCUCCUGCUUCCCCGCCUUUGAACUCUGACCUGGGCCGCCGGGGGCUGGGACUGCCACCCCCUCCGAGGGGAACUCUGGGGAGGAGGUGGGGGGUGGGUCGGAGAGGGGUCUGUGAGAUGGUGGGGAGGUGGACUCCAUGGAGCCCUGGAGGUGAGGCAUGGCGCUCCCCUUUAGCUUGCCCGGGGAAAGAUACUGCCCCUGGGCCAGACCCCUGGACCGGACCCCUGACACCUCCACCCUCAUAGGCAUGGAAGCAAAAAAAAGCACCCCAAGCCCUCUGCCUUUUAAUGCUAUCAACGCCGCCUCUGUGUGUGUGUGUGUGUACCAAACUGUUGUGUAUCCAAAAACGGAUGUUUUAAUACCUACAGUUCAUGAUUCUAUGCAUGCUUGUUCUGAUUUGUCUAUUGGUGCCUCAUUCCUGUUUGUGACCCUUGUGACUACACAAUAUUCUAUCAUACCAAGCCCUACCUUUACCUACCCUACCAUUUAUCCUGUACUUUUGCGCUCAUACCCCACUACUCUCUCUCCCACCCCACCUUGCCUCCCAUGUGCUCCUUGUCUUCGUUUCCCCCCCCCAUUCCCUCUAACUGUGUGUGCUUCCUUGCCCUCUUCUUCUUCUCUUCUUACCCCUGUCUCCUCCUCACCCUUCCCUCCCCUCUUCGCCUCCUCCUCUCCUCUCUCUACCUGUCCCCAUCAGCCCCCAGCUAUGUGACCUGGUACGGUGUUUUUGUCUUUGCAUGGGAUGUCAGAAGAAAAGAAA